AUGUUGGUCAUCCUUCUCAACUGUGUGACCCUGGGCAUGUUCCGGCCAUGUGAAGACAUUGCCUGUGACUCCCAGCGCUGCCGGAUUCUACAGGCCUUUGAUGACUUCAUCUUUGCCUUCUUCGCUGUGGAGAUGGUGGUGAAGAUGGUGGCCUUGGGCAUCUUUGGGAAAAAAUGUUACCUGGGAGACACCUGGAACCGGCUUGACUUUUUCAUCGUCAUUGCAGGGAUGCUGGAGUAUUCGCUGGACCUGCAGAACGUCAGCUUCUCAGCUGUCAGGACAGUCCGUGUGCUGCGACCCCUCAGGGCCAUUAACCGGGUGCCCAGCAUGCGCAUCCUCGUCACGCUGCUGCUGGACACGCUGCCCAUGCUGGGCAACGUCCUGCUGCUGUGCUUCUUCGUCUUCUUCAUCUUCGGCAUCGUUGGUGUCCAGCUGUGGGCAGGACUGCUUCGUAACCGAUGCUUCCUGCCUGAGAAUUUCAGCCUGCCCCUGAGCGUGGACUUGGAGCGCUACUACCAGACUGAGAACGAGGAUGAGAACCCAUUCAUCUGCUCCCAGCCUCGUGAAAACGGCAUGCGCUCCUGCAGGAGCGUGCCCACGCUGCGCGGGGACGGGGGCGGCGGCCCGCCCUGCGGCCUGGACUACGAGGCCUACAACAGCUCCAGCAACACCACCUGCGUGAACUGGAACCAGUACUACACCAACUGCUCUGCGGGAGAGCACAACCCCUUCAAGGGUGCCAUCAACUUCGACAACAUUGGCUAUGCCUGGAUCGCCAUCUUCCAGGUCAUCACGCUGGAGGGCUGGGUCGACAUCAUGUACUUUGUGAUGGAUGCUCACUCCUUCUACAACUUCAUCUACUUCAUCCUUCUCAUCAUUGUGGGCUCUUUCUUCAUGAUCAACCUGUGCCUGGUGGUGAUUGCCACGCAGUUCUCAGAGACCAAACAGCGGGAAAGCCAGCUGAUGCGGGAGCAGCGUGUGAGGUUCCUUUCCAACGCCAGCACCCUGGCCAGCUUCUCCGAGCCCGGCAGCUGCUAUGAGGAGCUGCUCAAGUACCUCGUGUAUAUCCUCCGGAAAGCAGCCCGAAGGCUGGCCCAGGUCUCCCGGGCAGCGGGCGUGCGGGUCGGCCUGCUGAGCAGCCCAGCGCCCCGUGGGGGCCAGGAACCCCAGCCCAGCGGCAGCUGCCCUCGCCCCCACCGCCGUCCGUCCGUCCACCACCUGGUGCACCAUCACCACCACCAUCACCACCACUACCACUUGGGCAAUGGGACUCUGCGGGCCCCCCGGCCCAGCCCACAGAUCCAGGACCGAGAUGCCAGUGGGUCCCGCCGGCUCAUGCUGCCACCACCCUCAACACCUGCCCUUUCCAGGGGCCCUCCAGGGGGUGCAGAGGCUGUGCACAGCUUCUACCAUGCUGACUGCCACUUGGAGCCAGUCCGCUGCCAGGCACCCCCUCCCAGGUCGCCAUCGGAGGCAUCGGGCAGGACUGUGGACAGUGGGAAGGUGUACCCCACCAUGCACACCAGCCCUCCCCCUGAGAUGCUCAAAGAGAAGGCACUAAUGGAGGUGGCCCCCGCCUCUGGACUCACCACCCUCACCAGCCUCAACAUCCCACCCAGGCCCUACAGCUCUAUGCACAAGCUGCUGGAGACGCAGAGUGCAGGCGCCUGCCAAAGCUCUUGCAAGAUCUCCAGCCCUUGCUUGAGGGCAGCCAGCGGAGCCUGUGGCCCAGACAGCUGUCCCUACUGUGCCCGGACCGGGGCAGGGGAGGUGGGGCUCACUGGCCACGAGAUGCCUGACUCAGACAGUGAGGCGGUUUAUGAGUUCACACAAGAUGCUCAGCAUGGCGACCUCCGGGAUCCCCACAGUCGGCGUCGACGGAGCCUGGGGCUGGAUGUGGAGCCCAACUCUGUGCUGGCCUUCUGGAGGCUGAUCUGUGACACCUUCCGGAAGAUUGUGGACAGCAAGUACUUUGGUCGGGGAAUCAUGAUUGCUAUUCUGGUCAACACACUCAGCAUGGGCAUCGAAUACCACGAGCAGCCUGAGGAGCUCACCAAUGCCCUGGAAAUCAGCAACAUCGUCUUCACCAGCCUCUUUGCCCUGGAGAUGCUGCUGAAGCUGCUAGUGUAUGGUCCCUUUGGCUACAUUAAGAACCCCUACAACAUCUUUGAUGGCGUCAUUGUUGUCAUCAGUGUGUGGGAGAUCGUGGGCCAGCAGGGGGGCGGCCUGUCGGUGCUGCGGACCUUCCGCCUGAUGCGGGUGCUGAAGCUGGUGCGCUUCUUGCCGGCGCUGCAGCGGCAGCUCGUGGUGCUCAUGAAGACCAUGGACAACGUGGCCACCUUCUGCAUGCUGCUCAUGCUCUUCAUCUUCAUCUUCAGCAUCCUGGGUAUGCAUCUCUUCGGCUGCAAAUUUGCAUCUGAGCGGGAUGGGGACACGCUACCGGACCGGAAGAAUUUUGACUCCCUACUCUGGGCCAUCGUCACUGUCUUUCAGAUCCUGACUCAGGAGGAUUGGAACAAGGUGCUCUACAAUGGAAUGGCCUCCACGUCAUCCUGGGCGGCCCUUUACUUCAUCGCCCUCAUGACCUUUGGCAACUAUGUGCUCUUCAACCUGCUCGUUGCCAUUCUGGUGGAGGGCUUCCAAACGGAGGAAAUCAGCAAACGGGAAGAUGCGAGUGGACAGUUAAGCUGUAUUCAGCUGCCUGUCGACUCCCAGGGGGGAGAUGCCACCAAGUCGGAGUCGGAGCCUGAUUUCUUCUCACCCAGCCUGGAUGGUGAUGGGGACAGGAAGAAGCGCUUGGCCUUGGUGUCUCUGGGAGAGCACCCGGAGCUGCGGAGGAGCUUGUUACCACCGCUCAUCAUCCACACGGCUGCCACGCCCAUGUCGUUGCCCAAAAGCUCCAGCAGUGGCCUGGCCGAGGUUCUGGGCCCUCCCUCGCGCCGCACCAGCAGCAGUGGGUCGGCUGAGCCAGGGGCACCCCACGAGAUGAAGUCACCGCCAAGCGUCCGCAGUUCCCCACACAGUCCCUGGAGUGCAGCAAGCAGCUGGACGAGCAGGCGCUCCAGCAGGAACAGCCUGGGCCGUGCCCCCAGCCUGAAGCGGAGGAGCCCUAGUGGGGAGCGGAGGUCCUUGUUGUCGGGUGAGGGCCGGGAGAGCCAGGAUGAGGAGGAGAGCUCGGAAGAGGAGCGCACUAGUCCAGCGGGCAGUGACCGCCGCCACAGGGGCUCCCUGGAGAGGGAAGCUAAGAGCUCCUUUGACCUGCCGGACACACUGCAGGUUCCUGGGCUGUAUCGCACAGCCAGUGGCCGCGGCUCGGCCUCCGAGCACCAGGACUGCAACGGCAAUUCGGCCCUGGGACGCCUGACUCAGGCUGUGCGGCCCGAUGAUCCCCCACUGGACGGAGAUGACGGUGAUGACGAGGGCAACUUGAGCAAAGCAGAACGGAUGAGGGCAUGGGUCCGAACCCGGCUCCCUGCCUGCUGCCUGGAGCGAGACUCUUGGUCUGCCUACAUCUUCCCUCCUCAGUCAAGGUUCCGCCUCCUGUGUCACCGCAUCAUCACCCACAAGAUGUUCGACCACGUGGUCCUCGUCAUCAUCUUCCUGAACUGCAUCACCAUCGCCAUGGAGCGCCCCAAGAUCGACCCCCACAGCGCUGAACGAAUUUUCCUGACCCUCUCCAAUUACAUCUUCACCGCAGUCUUUCUGGCUGAGAUGACAGUGAAGGUGGUGGCGCUGGGCUGGUGCUUUGGGGAGCAGGCCUACCUGCGUAGCAGCUGGAACGUGCUGGACGGGCUGCUGGUGCUCAUCUCCAUCAUCGACAUCCUGGUGUCCAUGGUCUCCGACAGCGGCACCAAGAUCCUGGGCAUGCUGAGGGUGCUGCGGCUGCUGAGGACCCUGCGCCCGCUCAGGGUAAUCAGCCGGGCACAGGGGCUGAAGCUGGUGGUGGAAACGCUGAUGUCCUCGCUGAAGCCCAUUGGCAACAUUGUGGUCAUCUGUUGUGCCUUCUUCAUCAUAUUUGGCAUCCUGGGGGUGCAGCUCUUCAAAGGGAAGUUCUUUGUGUGCCAGGGCGAGGACACCAGGAACAUCACUAACAAGUCUGACUGUGCUGAGGCCAGUUACCGGUGGGUCCGGCAUAAAUACAACUUUGACAACCUCGGCCAGGCCCUAAUGUCCCUGUUCGUGCUGGCCUCUAAGGAUGGCUGGGUGGAUAUCAUGUAUGAUGGGCUGGAUGCUGUCGGUGUGGACCAGCAGCCCAUCAUGAACCACAACCCCUGGAUGCUGCUAUACUUCAUCUCGUUCCUGCUCAUUGUGGCCUUCUUUGUCCUGAACAUGUUCGUUGGUGUGGUGGUGGAGAACUUCCACAAGUGUCGGCAGCACCAGGAGGAAGAGGAGGCCCGGCGGCGAGAGGAGAAGCGUCUACGGAGACUGGAGAAAAAGAGAAGGAAUCUAAUGCUGGACGAUGUAAUUGCUUCCGGCAGCUCAGCCAGCGCGGCGCCAGAAGCCCAGUGCAAACCGUACUACUCAGACUACUCCCGCUUCCGGCUCCUCGUCCACCACCUGUGUACCAGCCACUACCUGGACCUCUUCAUCACGGGUGUCAUUGGGCUGAACGUGGUCACUAUGGCCAUGGAGCACUACCAGCAGCCCCAGAUCCUGGAUGAGGCUCUGAAGAUCUGCAACUAUAUCUUCACUGUCAUCUUUGUCUUGGAGUCAGUUUUCAAACUGGUGGCCUUUGGCUUUCGACGGUUCUUCCAGGACAGGUGGAACCAACUGGACCUGGCCAUUGUGCUGCUGUCUAUCAUGGGCAUCACACUGGAGGAGAUUGAGGUCAAUGCCUCGCUGCCCAUCAACCCCACCAUCAUCCGCAUCAUGAGGGUGCUGCGUAUUGCCCGAGUGCUAAAGCUACUGAAGAUGGCUGUGGGCAUGCGGGCACUGCUGGACACAGUGAUGCAGGCCCUGCCCCAGGUGGGGAACUUGGGACUUCUCUUCAUGUUGUUGUUUUUCAUCUUUGCAGCUCUGGGCGUGGAGCUCUUUGGAGACCUGGAGUGUGAUGAGACACACCCCUGCGAGGGCCUGGGCCGGCAUGCCACCUUUCGGAACUUUGGCAUGGCCUUCUUGACCCUCUUCCGAGUCUCCACAGGUGACAACUGGAAUGGCAUCAUGAAGGACACCCUCCGGGACUGCGACCAGGAGUCCACCUGCUACAACACGGUCAUCUCCCCUAUCUACUUCGUGUCCUUCGUGCUGACAGCCCAGUUUGUGCUGGUCAACGUGGUCAUUGCCGUGCUGAUGAAGCAUCUGGAGGAGAGCAACAAGGAGGCCAAGGAGGAAGCUGAGCUGGAGGCUGAACUGGAGCUAGAGAUGAAGACGCUCAGCCCACAAGCCCCCUCACCACUGGGCAGCCCCUUCCUCUGGCCUGGGGUCGAGGGCCCCGACAGCCCUAGCAGCCCCAAACCUGGGGCCCCACAUGCCACACCCCACACUGGAGCAGCCUCCCACUUCUCCCUGGAGCACCCCAUGGACAGACAGCUGUUUGACACCAUAUCCCUGCUGAUCCAGGGCUCCCUGGAUGGGGAGCUGAAGCUGAUGGACGAGCUGGCAGGCCCAGGGGGCCAGCCCUCUGCCUUCCCUCCUGCCCGCAGCCCAGGCGGCUCCGACCCACAGAUGGAGUCCCACCCUGAGGAGGUGCCUGUCAUGCUGGGACCAGAUCUGCUGACUGUGCGGAAGUCUGGGGUCAGCCGAACGCACUCUCUGCCCAAUGACAGCUACAUGUGCCGGGAUGGGAGCACUGCCGAGGGGUCCCUGGGACACAGGGGCUGGGGGCUCCCCAGAGCUCAGUCAGGCUCCAUCUUGUCCGUCCACUCCCAGCCAGCAGACACCAGCUACAUCCCGCAGCUUCCCAAAGAUGCACCCCAUCUGCUCCAGCCCCAUAGUGCUCCCACCUGGGGCACCAUCCCCAAAUUGCCCCCACCAGGCCGCUCCCCUUUGGCUCAGAGGCCACUCAGGCGCCAGGCAGCAAUAAGGACGGAUUCCCUGGACAUUCAGGGCCUGGGCAGCAGGGAAGACCUGCUGUCAGAGGUGAGUGGGCCCUCCCCGCCGCUGGCCCGGGCAUCCUCCUUUUGGGGCCGCUCCAGCACCCAGGCUCAGCAGCAUUCCCGCAGCCAGAGCAAGAUCUUGAAGCACAUGCCCCCGUCAGCCCCCCGCCCAGGCCCAGAACCCACGUGGGGGAAGGGCCCACCAGAGACCAGAAGCAGCUUAGAGCUGGACACGGAGCUGAGCUGGAUUUCAGGAGACCUCCUGCCCACGGACAGCCAGGAGGAAGCCCCGUCCCCACGGGACCUGAAGAAGUGCUACAGCGUGGAGGCCCAGAGCUGCCCGCGCCGGCCUGCGUCCUGGCUGGAUGAACAGAGGAGGCACUCCAUCGCAGUCAGCUGCCUGGACAGUGGCUCCCAACCCCACCUGGGCCCCGAUCCCUCCAGCCUUGGAGGUCAGCCUCUAGGGGGAGCUGGGAGCCGGCCCAAGAAGAAACUCAGCCCACCCAGUAUCUCCAUAGACCCCCCAGAGAGCCAGAGCCAGGGCCCUCGGCCCCCACCCAGCCCUGGUGUCUGCCUCCGCCGGAGGGCUCCGUCCAGCGACUCCAAGGAUCCCUUGGCCUCCGGCCCUCCCGACAGCAUGGCUGCCUUGCCCUCCCCAAAGAAAGACGUGCUGAGUCUCUCCGGUUUAUCCUCUGACCCAGCAGACCUGGACCCCUGAGCCCUGCCCCACUCUCCCACUCACCUCUCUCCACUGGGUGCCAAAUCCUAGCUCCUCCUCCUGGGCUGUAUUCCUGAAAGGUUCCACAUGGGCACCGAGGAGGUGCUCCUCCUUGCCUCAGUGGCGCUGGGCACCGGCAAGCAGAAUUUCCAGAGUUAACAGCAGCAGCCCCGGCUCUGGACAGCCCUGGCCACCUUGGUUCCAAGCGGAGAGAGAGGCCCAGCAGAGCUGAGGUUCCCGACACCAGGAGCUGUUGGGAGAAAGCAAUACGUUUGUGCAGAAUCUCUAUGUAUAUUCUAUUUUAUUAAAUUAAUUGAAUCUAGUAUUUGCAGGAUGUACGACAUUUUGUGACUGAAGAGAUUUGUUUCCUUCUGCUUUUAUGUGUCUCAGAAUAUUUUUGAGGCGAAGGCGUCUGUCUCUUGGCUAUUUUAACCUAAAAUAACUAGUCUAGUUAUGUUUCCUCUUCUUGCUAAGCACAAGCUGGGAUUGAGAGUGCAUUACAGCCUUGACGGGGGCCCAUCUUCAGUGGAGAGCAAGAACCAUUUUGGAAACUGUAAUGUAACUUAUUUUUUUCCUUUAAUCUUGUC